UUCGUGCGGAAGCUGUUAUCUCUAGAGCUUCCGCCUCCGAAUCAAAGGAUGAUGAUAUACUCUACUUAGUUUGUGUCACAUAAAUCACAUAAUUAGUCGAUUAAGUGGUUUGUAGUGUUCGGUGUUAUUUAUUUAUUAUAAUUAUGAUGAAGUACCAGCAAUCCCGGCCGUGGAGCAUGUGGUGGCGCCGUCACUCGGGCUGGCGCUGGCGACGGCAGAUGGCGCUGCUGGCGGCGCUGGCGGCGCUGCUGGCGCUGCGCGUGCGCGUGCCGGCCACCAGCGAGCUCACCGCGGAGCUGCGCGCGCCGCCGCACAAGCUCGCCGCACACCUCGCCGACUUCAACAGCUUGCGGUUACUAUACCCACAUAUCAGCUCAUCCUGGAAGCUAGAAACCCAAUGGAGCAACUACACGUCGUGGCGCUACUCGCUGUCGUUCUGGUGCGGUGCGCGCUGCGCGGGCGCGGCGCACGUGCGCGCGCACGACGAGUACGCGGCCGGCCCGGCGCACGGCCCGGCGCAGGCGCACAGGGGGGACUUCAGUAUACAGACCUGUCGCAAGCUGCCGCUGUUCUUCUGGCCUGAUUUCUGUGAGGAGCUGGAAGUGGAGUGGUUCGUGGGCGGCGGCGCAGGGGUUGCAGGGGGGGCAGGGGGCGCGGCGCGGUACGUGGAGCGCGCGCGGAGCCGGCGCGCGCUCGGCGCGGCGCUGCUCGGCUGGCUCGGCGGCGGAGGCGGGCUGGCCACCGCGCGCGACGAACAUCUGCGCGCACUGCGGGCGACUUUCCAGUGA